UUUUAUAUAAUGAAACAACUAUACUGAACCCAAGCUAUGUUUUAGGUUUAAAUACGCGCUUGUUCUUUAAGAAAUUAAAAACACCGUUGGAAUACUGCUGUAUACAUUAACUUACGUCAAACCUGAAUGCAUCAUCUUAUAUUUAUUUGCCUACUACAGAAAGACAGGUGUGCUUGACAAAAUGACCACACGUGUACAUUAUCGAUUUACCUGGGAUUUAGGCCUGUGGGAAAAUGACAACGGUGCCAUGUGUACGAUAAGGCCAACGUAAACCUGUACUCAUAUACAUCCAACAUGGCGACUAUACAUCUUACACGAGUAUUAACAUUACUGCUGUGGUGCACGUACUCCAGUAAAUUAGUGUCUGCAGCAGAGUAUGACGAUUUCGAUUUCGAUGGCUUACCAGGUGUCCAACACGAGUUUAAAAUCGAAGUACCGGCAGGUGGCGAAGAAUGUUUUCAUCAGAAAGUCGCCGAGGGGGCCAACUUACAUAUGUCAUUUGAGGUGUUAAGGAGUAGCGGGGAGAGGCUGAUUGACGUGGUAGUAAAGGAUCCAACUGUCUUUAUCGUGGAAGCGCACUAUGCGAAAUCGGAAAUCACUAUUCAACAUAAAGUAGCACUUGCCGGUGUUUACACCAUUUGUAUAGACAACACGUUUAGCAGGAUGGCCUCCAAACUGGUAUAUGUGUACUUAAUUACAUUUGUACCGUCGGAGUGGACAAAAUACGUCCAGGAGAUCGAGGAUAUGAAUAUGGCUGUAUCAAACUUCACGCACUCUAUAUCCGAAGUUCAGAAAUCCCUUGAAGAGGCCAAACUACACCAGGCCAGCAGCCGUAUGAAUGUUGUGAAGGACUGGUAUCUGAUUAUGGGGAACAAUGACUACAUCGUAAAAUGGUCUAUAGCUCAAAUAGGUGUUGUUGUUUGUUCUUCUGUCUUUACUGUCUUCUUUGUCCGUAGAUUAUUUAAAAUUCAAAAUGUCACACCAUCUCAAAAACCACGAGCAUAAUACACAUAGUUUUUAAAAAUUA